AUAACAUAUAACCACAUACGUUGACUAUAGAUGUCAACAGUGAAGAGCCAUGAAAGUGUUCUUCUUGGUGUUAGUAGUCCUUUUCGUCAAGGAAAGCAAUUCUUCAUGCGAAGACCAAACCAAUACAAACCUUCGGGUCUUAGCAAUAAAAAGAGAAUCUAGAACAAUCUGUUCAUGGAAUAUUACAGCGCCAGAAUUUAAUCGUGUGUGGGUAAGAAUAUCUGUUCUUGAUUCCAAGGAGGAAAAUUCCACAGUUUGUCCCAACUAUCUUAAGCUAGAAGAAAUUAAAGACAAUCAGAAAAGUUUGCUUAAGAGAUACUGCACUCCGGUGGAUCGUGAAUACAUCAAAUCGAACUCUAGCAAAAUCCUUGUGACAGCAUAUAAUAUCAAGUUCAAGAUUUCCUGGAACGGAUUUGAAAGAAAGGAAAAAACAGUCGAUGCAGAUGAAAAUCAUGCUGUGACAGAGAAAACAAUAGCUCAGACCACGAAUAGUGUGUAUGAAGAUAAAACAUCUCAUGCGAGCUACAACGAAAGGGACUUUUUAGUUAUAGGAUCCUCUUUUGGAUUGCUUAUGGUUUGUGUCAUCGGUUUCAUCAUAAAGAAAAGGUGUUGCAAUAGGUCAUAUUUUCCUGCAAACCACGAAAUUUACAAAAUGAAUAACAUGCAAACAAAUAUUACGAUUGAACUUGAUGACCAUGGAAAGUUACAGAUGGCCACACAAGGGAACGGUACUAUAAAUUUACAGAAGACUUCCAAGAAAACACAAAGAAACUCAGAAGUAUGCAAUUCAAAGAUCAAUGGAAUUGAUAAGAAAAAUAAAACUGAUGGUAAAAGUCAAACACAGGGAAGAAGCUGGGGAAAAAAGGAAAAUCACCCCAUCAAUCGACGCAGGGAGAGACCAGGCGGUUCUAAAGAAGAACACAUUUACAGCAACACGAAUUUCACAGAUGUCGAAAAAGAUAAUUAUUGGUGCUUAGAAACUCCUUAUGUAAAUCAUUUACAAAAAGAAGUUUUCAGCGAUGUCAAUGAAAAAACCAACCAAGACGCAUGCCAUUCGUCGACCUCGUCCUUAGAUAGUGAAGAUUACGUAAAUAUGAAUUGAUCGGAGUUGUUUUUUGAGUGGUCAUUCUAUAUACAUUUAGCCGGAAAAAAAUUUGAUAUAGGUAAUGAUAACAGGUUUUCAUCAACAGUGAUAUUGACAGUAUGUUACUCAAAUAGGUAUUGUAGACUUUGCUAAAAGAUGAUGGAACAAAACGUCAUGAAAUUAUUUUUUGUUUGAAAGACAUAGGGUCUCGUACAAGCUGUGUGAGGUGGAAUGAUAAUGAACAAUUGAAAUCUGAAUUUUGAAUUCUGAAAAUUCUGAAUUUAUAGUUUUUUAAAUACAUAUUAAACAUGAAAUAAUGAAAUGUACAAUUGCUUAAAAAUUUGCAUGGUAGACAAAAGAGUGUAAAUAUAAUACAGGAAACGUAUAUAGAGUAUAUCAUGAUGUACAUGUAUCUUAUAAAUCAUUGUUUUGAACACAUUGUAAUGAAUUGAGAAUUUGAAACAUCUUCUUGUAAAUAACGAAUUCCUUCCCUUACAUACAAGCCAUGUAUACAAGGAAAUAAUUAAAUACAUCUCUCUCUCUCUCUCUCUCUCUCUCUCUCUCUCUCUGUGAGAUCAAUUUCUUUCUAGUAGUAAUUUUAAC